UCCACCUAACCAGCAGCAGUUAGCUGGUGCGCAUUCGCUCUUCGUUCCGCAGCCGGAUCAAUAAAACUGCUGCAUUUAUCAUGUUAGUCCUAACUGGUCGUGAGCAUGCAUCUGCUCAUUUUAAACCGGAUUCCUUCACCGCACUAACGGACUGACAUAACUCCCGGUGAGUUAGCGGUGUCUGCUCUGCUAGCGGCGAACCGAGCUGCUAACGGCCGAGCCGAGGCGAUGUUUGGGAGAUGGAUCUGAGGUGCUGUUCGGCCUGCUGGCUAAGAUGACGGGCCCACCGAGCCUGGCUGAUGCUCCUCUAUCAGCAGCAUGGGUACCAAGCACAGGCCGACCAAACAACCGUUUGCUCACGGACUUCUGAAUCCGAAGGUGAUUUGCAGACACAAUGGGAGCAUGGGCUCUUGUUCUGAUCUUACAAUGAGUCGGAGCGAACAUACUGGUGCGAGGCAUGUCCCCGUGGCCCUCACCCCCCAGCUACCUCUCAGAGCCCACCGGCCUCUCUGUGCGUCGGUCUCUUCUGACAGCAGCGGCCGCUUCAAGGCUCUGGAGACUCAGGAGUGGAAGAACAACCUCAAAGCUCAGAUGGAACUGGCCCACAGUGCAGGAGCUGCCAGCAGCACAGGAUCUCUGGAGCGAGCGUCUAUGUUCUGCGCCUCGGCAUCUACCACCAGCUCCAGCCUGCCCAGCCCUGCGGAGAUCAUCAACAAGGGUAAAUCCUCCAGCCGCUUCUCUCUGUUCUCUCCACCGUGGAAUAGCAGCUCAGAGUCGGACUCCAAUCCCCCGUCCCGCACAGGAUCCAAGAAGCUGCGCAACUACAGCAGGAGAGCUGCCACAGGACCAGCUGGGGCCAGGGCCCCUGAUGCACUGGAGCCCAAACGAAGCGGCCCUGAACACUUCCAGUACUCCGAACCGGUCAUUUCCAGAGUGACGGACUACAUUUAUGUGGGCAACCUGAAUGCAGCGUAUAAUGGGCGCACGCUGUGCCGCAACAACAUCGACAGCAUCAUUGACAUGAGCAGUAUGCCCGGAGAGCAAGCCCCCUCCCUCUGCCUCAUCCCCUGCACCUGCUCGCGUGGUUCCCGGCACAGCUGGUCCCGCCUCAAGGUGGACAUCGGAGACAUGCCCAACUCUCUGGAUGACCAUCCGGCUCUGAACCACUGCUGCUUCGAGGACAUCAACGAGUGCAUAAAUGCAUCCAUGGAGAAGAGGAAGCGUGUCCUAGUCCACUGUCGGGACGGGUUCUCUCUGGCACCCAUGUGUAUCAUACAAUACCUGAUGGUGAAGCAGAACAUGAGGUUAAUUGCUGCUUAUGAGCUGCUGAGGGCCAAAUACCCAGUCAACAUCAGAGAGUGUCACCAAAACGUUCUAGUGAGCCUGGAGAGAUCGCUGUGGCCCGGUGGUGAAGUUGACCCGGAGUGCUUCAAACAGGCCCUCUCCCGAAAAGUGGCCUGGACAUGAGAAGUCCCAGUGUGAUUUGCUGUACCUUUAUUUUUUAUUUCCACUAAGAUCUUCUUUUCGUUCAUUUUUUCCUUUUCUAAUGUUUAAAUCUUUAAAUUUAGUUCUGAAUUCUUCUCUUUUUCGAAGAGAACAAACUUAAGCCUGUGCGGCGUACACAGGUUCCUGACUGGGCCGUGUUUUUGUUGUUGUCGCUUUAAGGGGUUUUUGUUUACUGUUUGAGUUCUGUUUGUACUUUUGUGCUGUUUUUAUAUAUCAGGGCAACUUUUCAGUGGGCUAUCUCAGGAGAGUGUUGAUGUCAAAGUGAUGCAGCAUAGAGGUUUCUCUUCAGCGAUGAUCACAAAUGGUUUCCAGGGUGGAAGUCAAGGCUGAGUUAUUUGCACUCCAUGCAACAAAGUAAAUUAGGGCAGAUUUUGAUUCACUUUUGCAUCUAAGGAGAUGAAUUUUAGGUGUGCUAGCGGUUGAGCCAUUUGAGUUCAUUUCUAUUAGAGUUUUUUGGCAAACACUCCACUCCAGGUGACUUGUUUCUGUCAGCCAGCUCUGUCUUUUAAGAUUUAAGUUUUGGUCCAUCAGUUUUAAGAGCUUAGUAAAGGGAACAUAUGGUCUGUUGUUACGGAGGAUUAUCACAAAUUCUACGUCCAAUGUGUUCUAUUUGUUCUAGUUAACAUACUACAUUGAUUAAAAAAAUAAUGGAAUUAAUUUUGAUCAGUUGUUGCAAGUAAAAAAAUUGGUUUUGUAAAUUAAAGUAAAAAAAAAUAAAAAAAAAAUUUGAAAAGUAAAAUCUGACUAAACUGCAGGUUUACUCUCCAAACCUUUUUUCAGUAAGAAUAUUCUUUUCAAUUUUUUUUCUUUUUCUUUUUUAAUACUCAUUUAUAUACGUGCUCUUGCCUGCAACAAUAAUGGAAUAAAAUCCACUCCAUAAAGCUUUUUUGAGCAACUAGAGUCAGAGUAGUUCUUGCCAUGGUCAUGUUGUCCUGACUGGUUUAUUUUAUAGCUGGACUUAGUAGUUAUGGAUGUCAUGUAAAUUGUUUGGAGGUAUAAUGGAGGAUGAUCUCUCUCCGGGGGGAUCAUCAAAAUAAGUGGUCCUCGUAAAUGUCAGUCAUUUUCGUGAUAUGUUCACGUAAGGCCGUCCUACGUGCUCGUCCCCAUUUUCCCUUACCGGUGGUGAAUCUGACAUAGUGGAAAAACUGCAAAUCUUAUUUUGGAAAGUAAGUUUGCAUGAGCGAUGCAAACAGCAACUUUUAAACAGAGCAUGCACAAGGAGAAAUAGGCUCUUGUACGAGUUUAAUAGGCGUUCCCUCUCGGGAGCGGGUACAGGGAUGUGACUGUGCUUUUUUUUAAAGUGGAGAGGGCGGGUCUUUUCAAAAAUUUGCGGAAAUCCUCCACUAUACCUUUAACUCAAAUCUGUUUAAUUGGUGGGUUACGCAGUGUAAGUGGCAAGAAAAACAGAGCGUAGCAACCCUGUUAUGUACUGAGAAAAUCAUCCAGUUUUUGUUUGUAAACAAAAGCGACUUCACAUCAGGACCGUUCUCACGAAGACUCUUAAGACAAAUAGUGGUAUCAUUUCGGAACAAUAUUUAAGAUUCCUCAGAUUCUAAGAUUUUAACAGUUUUUAUUCACAAAACACCCUAAACCUUAAGACAGCUGCUUAAAUGUUCGCAGUAGUGAGGAGGACUUUUAGGGAGACUAGGAACAUUUUAAUGGCUGAUCCACAAAAACAGUAAAAUUAUGAAUAAAAUAAAUUAAAAUAAAUGUUUUAGUUUCAAAUACAUAUAAUCUUUAAUAAUCACACAAUUUGAUAGUUUCAGCUGCUGGGGGGGUUAAAAAGGGCACCUCUAGUUUGGUCAUUAUAUUUUUAAAAACAAACGUGGAAAAUUGUACAGAGAAUGUAGCAAAGAGUGAAUUAAAUAUUAGUUGGAGACUUUUAAACAUGUUUAAAGAAUUGGAAAAAGUAACAUAGGAGGAACAUAGGAGGAAUUGUUUUUGGAUUCAGAGUAGACCUUUGUAAGCGAGGUUCUCUGCUGCCAUCUGCUGGCAUUUGAUUGCAGCACAUUUCUCACAUUUCAGGCUGCUGCUGACAGUAGAGAUGAUACACAUUGAUCCACUCCUCAGUGCUCUCUUAGAUCUGCCUCUCUUUACUCUAAUCCCAGGACUGAUGUUCCUUUCAACACUAUAAUCUCAACUAUGCCAGUUUUUCGUCAAAUGAAUAAGGGACAUUGUACUGCUUUUUUUUUUUAACUACUUGCAUUUUUCAAAACUAUUGAAAAUAUGAAGAAAAUGAUUUAAGAAUGGUAGAUUGGACUUUUUUGUUAUAAAUAAACUAAGAACUAAAAUAAACUUUUUAGUUCUCUGAAGCGUGUUAAAAAUUGUCCCAUGUCCUCAUGAACCUAAUAUUGUGUAUUAUCUCACCUUCAGGGUAUAAUACUUGAAAAUAUUUGAUUUCCAACCAGCUUCAAGGAUCAAACAUACUUUUGAGUAUACUGCAGUAAUCCACAGGGAAAUGCACAUCUUUUGCAGUUUUUUUGAUGUCUAAAUGUAGAAGAUGAAAAAAAAUUUUUUUUGUCUAUAACUGUGCUUUAAUCAUAAUCUACAAACAUUCCAAACUGAUUUAUCUAUACGGAGAUCAUUGGCUUCCCCCUUUUCUUUUUUUUUUGACCCAAAAUCUCCAAUUCACAGACAUAUUGUUAGAUCAUUUUAGCAUUAAAACCUCUCUAAAAUCCUGUCCUCCUUGUUAAAAGCUAAACUUUGUUAUAGCAAAGUCUCAACUUAAUUAGGCAGUUCCAUGUUUGUUCACUAAAACACUUCUGUGCAUGUAGUUUGAAUUUAUCUUGUCCUUAAAAAUUUGAUUUCCAGAUCUAUCAAAUGUAGAGGUUAUUUUAUUUUUAAUUGAUGUAGAUAAUCUCAGCAGGACACAGAUUAGCAGUAGACGAUCUGUGUGCUGUAAGGUAGUCAACUAUGUACUUCAUUUUUUUUUAUUUUUAUAAGAACAACAAAACAAAUCAUAAUGUUCAUUUUGCUUAAGAAGUUUUCCAAAGUUUUAUUUCUGGAUUGCUUUUUUUUUUUUUAAAUUUCCAUUUACAAAACCUCAUUUUUACUGACAACAAUUGAAGAAAAUCCACUCUAAUCAACCAGUGCUACUAAUUUGCAGGAUGUUAUUGACGCCAUGGCAAAAAAAUUUGGUUGUAUUAUUCUAAUACAUAUUUUAACAUAUAUUACUUUCACUUGUUAAAACCGUCAUUAGGAUCCAAAAUAUUUUUGCCCUUUCAUCCCUCUCACUCAGUUGCUAAACUGCUCAGUCAUUAUUUAUUGGCUUGCCAUUUUUUCUCAAAUCUAAAAGGGGAAUGCAGCUUCAGGCUAGAGAAUUGCUUUAAUUGACAACAGGUAAUUAACUUAAUUUACCUAAGUCUUUUUUUUCUUACAGUGGUUUAACUUUUAUAUUUGUAUUAGAUAAACCUGAUUGAGCUGCAUUCUCCUCUUAGAGUGCACCAGAUUAUGAAUCUUGGUUUAUCAAAGUAGGCAUGCAACCUUUUGUUUUAACAGUUUUUUUAACUAUAGUUAAAGGAAAAUGAAAAAGCCUGGACAGGAAAUUCUCUUAUCUGCGACUGGUGAUGUUUGGGAAGAACUGACCUUUACCUCUUUUUUCUGCUGACCUAUUCACAUGCAUUCUGACUGUUUCUGUUGUGGACCAGCCAACAAUGACUGAUCAUACCUGCCAUUAAAAUCCAUCCCAGUUCCUUCCAACGUCCUGGAGCGAAUAAGCAUGAUAGUUUUCUCAGAGUGAGUCAUUGCUUGAGUUAUGAACUGGUCUGCUGAUUUAGCAUCACAGAUACUUUAAAUUGAGAAUGUGAAUUUAAUUGUUGCAACAUGAUGUGAAAAACUUGAAGGGGCAGGAUAUUUCAAUGUCUGUGAACUGAAUGAUGAUCUAAUGAUCUAAAAUCCAAUUAAGGUGUAAUGUGAGUCAGUAAACUGUUUCCUGAGCUUUCCCUUCUUGGUUUAAAGCAGAGGUCUCCGAUAUGGGUGCUGCUGCCUCCUAGUGUUUCACGGAGGUACUGCAGGGUUUUUUCUGUGAAUACCCUUCCUCCCCCGGUGGUUUAGGAAAAAAAUAAGUUUUACUUUGUGUCCCAAAAGCAUCAGACAUUUAUGAUCUUGCCUAAACUAACAAAAUAUUUUUACUUUCACACAAACACCAAAGGUUUACAUUAAGAUCUGAUUAGCUUAACUGCAGUUAUUCUUGAUACAUAGUGCAGGUUUUUCAGGCUGAAAUUAGUUCUUAAACUCUCUGGGCCUCUAUUUGAUGUCAUGACUAGUUAUUAUGUAGGUUAGAUUCCAGCCUUCUGUUGUUGAUGUGCCUCUGGGCAAGGCACUCAGCCAGGGCUGAAACAAUCAGAUUAAUCGUGAUUAAUCAAUUAUUGAAAUAAUCAUCAACUAAUUUAGUAAUCGAUUUAUCAUGUAGAGACAUGCCUUUAGCGGACAGGGAAACCCACUUAGAGCAGUAAUUAUGCCAAGUUUGAAAAAAAUAUAUAUCUAUUUUGCAUUUAAGAUGAAAAAAGUUAUACAACUGCUCUAUCCAGAGCUCCUUCAGUGGAAAAGUUUUAGUUUAAUCUGGUUUAACUUUGCAAAAAUCUUCUUUAAAGAACCUUUGGCUAUCUGAUUAUUUAUCGAUUAAUCAGGAAAAUAAUCAACAGCUUAAUUGAUCCGAAAAAUAAUCAUUAGUUGCAGCCCUACACUCAACCCCCAGUCAGCAUACUAGUGUAUGUAUGUAUGUGUGCAAGAUAACUGGUGUGACUGUGGCCUGUGAAAGUCUCUUUGACAGGUCAGAAUUUUUAAGAAAAUGCUAUAUAAAUUUACUCCAUGUUUUUGUUAAAGCUCUGCUUUAAAUGGAAGCAGUCAUUUGGACUAAUUGCUUUAAUUUAAAUUUAACCACCGGUAAACGGUUUGAAAUCAAUACUUAAGGAAGAUACGUAUGUGAAAUUUAAAUACGUAAAAAAAAUAAAAUAAAGCCCUAACAAAUAUAAGCAAUAAUAUAGUCCUAUAAUCCCAUGAAACACAUGAUUUAUUUCACUGAUAGUGGAUCAAACUAAAAACAAUAACAAAAUCCAUCGAAUCAUUUAAAGCAGAUAAGGAAAGAUAUUGAGCUUGAACAAUAAACAGCAUUCUUAUCAACCCAAAUCUGUUCACUCAUUAUAAACCCUUUUUUUCAAUCUUCGGAAUAAAAAUCUAACAUUUAUCUUAAAAAAAGAUGUAAGCUAUAAGUGACUGCUGUUGAGCUCUGGGGUUCUAUAUGAGUGCUUCCUACUUUUCGCUGUUCAUUUGCAAUCACUGAGCACACAUCUGGUGACACUGGGUAAAACAAUGUUUGUUUUUUUUUAUAAAUCAAGAAUUGAACUGUAACAGUGUUGUAUGAAUAACUCAUCAGACUGUUUAGCUUCAGAUAUGACAUCAUCAUGUGGAACUGACUUCCUGUUUGAGAGAGAUAUGGCUGACAGUGACGGGUUUGCGUUGUCGAGAAGAAGGCUAAACACAGAUGAAUUGGUCAUAUUUGCAGCAUUAAUUGCCAUUCUGGUUUGAAAUGACAAGGAAAUCCUUAGUUAAAUAAAUAAAAAUAUUUUAAAAUGAAAUAUACCUCUAUAAUAAUGCCCGUCUGUUAGCUUUGGACAUUAUUUGGUAUGAACGUAUGUUCCUGGCAUUAAUCAAGGGAAGAUUGUAUUUGCUCUGAACAACAAAAAAUAAGCUUUUUUGUUAAUUUUUUUGUGAUAUUUCUGAGUUACAGUCCAUUUUGGUCGGAGUUUAUGAAUCAUUACAACUUGUGUGUGGUUUUUUUGUUUUUGUUUUUUUUGGUUAAUCCUUUUAAUUACAGGUGUACGUUACACCUGUGUAAUGAAUUUAAGACUGAACCAUGAUGGCUGCAUCUUACAUGAAAGCAAAAUAUUUUGUGAUUUGCUUUAUUUGAUUGUGCUGGAGUCCUAAUAUUUUGUAUUUGCUCAAUGUGGUACCUAUCAAACCGAAUCCCUCUCAGUACAUCUGUCAUGUGAAACUAAUGGAGUGAGUGGAAGUGCGCCUUUAUUCAGCGUGUUUUGACCCCAUGUGGUGGCAUUUGCACAAUUUGUAUAAAUCUAAGCUCUUGAUAUCCUGUACAGAAACAAUAUUUCUGGAUGUUUUAUAUUGAUUCAAGGUAUGCAUGUUACAUUUGAGUGAUGUGGUUUUUUGCCGUUCUAAUUAUUGGUUGUGAAAGCCAAGAAAAAGAGCAGAUGUUGAAAUGCUCUAUAAUCAGCAGUGCUGUUUGUGUCUUCUUGUUGUAAAUUAUCCACAUCAGUCAAAAGCUAAUUUGUUAUCUCAGGUGAUUUCUUAUUGGGCCACAAUGUUUUCAGUCAAUAUACUGAUUUAAAAUGUGAAACUUUUUUGUUUUCUUAAGUUGUUUUUGAUUUGUAUUGAUAAAACAAUAAAAAGUUGUUUUUCGUUCGCUGA